CUUAUGGUGAGAGGAGGCCUCAGCAGGGAGGGGGAGGGAAAGGGAGAGAGGCAGACGGCAGGCAGGCUCAUCCGCCCCAAACACUGCAACAGUAAAAGUCGAGAGGACAGAGAGGGAAAAGAGUGUGAAAACAGGAGAAGAAAUGGGGCAGGGGCAGAAAGGUUCCUUAGACAAGAAGGAGGGCAAGAAGAAGAGAGAUGAAAGCCCACAGCCAGAAGACCGCAAAAAGUGCAGAGGCUGUCGCUUCCCUCUGCUCGUCGCCCUGUUCCAGCUGCUGUUGGGGGUGGCCGUCACAGCCGUGGCCUUCCUUAUGAUGGCCAUCAGCCCCUCACUCCUGACCAGGGAAACGCCACACUGGGCUGGGAUCAUUCUGUGUUUAGUUUCCAUCCUGGGCUUCAUCCUGUACUGCAUCACCUACGUCCCUGAUGACAGGAUGUCUAUGCAAUUCAUUGUCAAGCUCCUCUACUUUGUCCUGUGCACAAUCGGCCUGGUCAUUUCGGUGCUGGUCAUGGCCUUUGCUGGACACCACUACUCACAGACCAGUAGCUUCAGCUGUGAGCAGGUGGGAGAGGACUGCGUGUGCAAACUGGAUCAGGACGACCCAAUCGCCCGCACUUUCACCUACGAGGGGGCCAGUGACUGUGAGUUGAUCACUGGGACGCUCACACUCUACUUCUUGAUCCAGAUUGUGCUGAACCUGGCCCAAGCCCUCGUCUGUGCCGUCGGUGCCUUCAUCCUGUGGAAGCACCGUUACCAGGUCUUCUUCGCUGGUCUUCAGAUCAGCUCACCCUCCACCCAGCAGUGGCAGAAGGUUUAAUGUGAUGAAGAUGACUCUGAUCAGUGAAGUCAGGAAGGAGGGUGAUGCCAACUGUGUGAUCACGCUCUGAAGGACAGGGACAUUUGCCUAUGUGGCGUGUGCCUAAGUUUGUUUUCUUUGAUGUCCGUUUAUAUUAACCCUUUGUGGCAGUUGUACUAUAAUGGCUUUUUGCACAGAUUUUGUAUACCAUAUAAGUAACUUUGUACUUCCAGUUGCUGAUGUUAUAAUAAUAUAGAUGAUUAGCAGCAAAACGAGUCUAUUUUUGAAAAACUAAACCUUACUAGUUAUUUUUGUUCCAUGAUAAUGAAUUGUUCACAUUCGUUUCUAAUAAUAUUGACAUUUGCUCUUGUGACAGCUCAUAUACAAUUGCUACACAAGAGAAAUUACAAGGCAAUGAUAGGCACAAAACAUAUUUGUUUUGUGCUUAACUCCCAAAAUGUACACAGUGUUGAAAAAAUUUCCUUUGGUUUGGGUUACUGAGACUUAAUGAUCUGGAUUAGUUACUUCAGUGAUGCUUUAGGCGAAACACUGAAUCACUGUUUUCUCAAAUUAUGGUUUGCAAAUGUACAACUGAUAUUGCAUAAAGCUUUGGAAAACAGUAUUCACUCAGUAAAAAAGGUCAAAUAUUGACUAAACAAAGCAGUAAAUAUUAAUAAGAAAUCCUUUUUUAACCUUUUUUUUUUUUAAAACAUAUUCAAUUCUUUAUUCAUUUAUUGCUUUACGAUCAGAAAACCAUAUAUUGAAUUUUUUUUAAACUUUAUAUUGUUUGCGGUAACUAAUUUUAAUAUUGUUUGUCACACGAAAAAAAACAACAAGGUGGAUUAAUUCCACGAAUAACUAGUUUUGUUAUAUUUGCUACCAUAAAAGCUUGUGCAGCUCUGUAAAUAGCGCAUAAAAUCCUUGUUGACAAACAAUUGCAAAGUAUUUUUCAGCUUGUGGAAGUAAACCUUGUAAAACUCAGACAGUCCAGUUAUAUGCAGUAAGAAUUGAUCCUGACAGUCACACAAUACAGCCAGCAGUAACACAACAUGGGCAGACUACAUUUAAUGAGACCGGAUCCAGACAGAACUGGGCUGUGGCUUGUGAAGGUGGAUGCCAGGCUUGUAGCCAGCAUGACUCAAACAGCCUGUAGGAGUCAAAGGACUGCAGCCACAAGAGGGUGUGGGGUGGGGGGUAGGGGGGGGGACUCAGACAGGCAGCUGGACUGAAGUGUCCAAAUCGUCUCAGUGUGUGUGUGUGUCUUCUUUCAGGAGGGACAGCACAAAAGGGAUGAAACAAUCACAAAACUUUAGGCCUGUAUUUUUAAAAGGCUCAGCCUUAUGCAGCGUUCAGCUUCAAUUUAAUUCAUGCUCUCAUCUCAGGUGCGAGAACAGUCACCACGGUCUAUACAUGCUGAGCAGGGAUUCUUAAACGUGAGGCAAAUUAGAUGCAAAUUAGAUGAAACGUACCCAGAGGGAGAGUGUAUUUAGUGUGCAGUGUUAAAUCUGUUUUGUCGGUGAUGAAAAAGGUUGAUUAGCUGGGGAUGAUAUAAAAAUAUCAUUUAUUUCUCACAGAAGCCUUAAAUGUGGCGCUUCAGAUAGGAGCUUUUUAUCUGAAUAGAAAAAGACACCAGUAUGUGCAUUUCAAGACCGUCAAACUGUUUGUGGUUACAAAUACAAACCUUUGUUCCAGUUAUAUGAAGUUUCCUUUUUCCUGUUUUGUCAGCACAUAUAUGCAGUUAAUACACAAAAAGUAGUGUCACUCAUUGCUUUUGCAAUUAAUUGCAUUAUCAUUAGUAAAGACUGAAAAUGAGCAGAAAGAGGAUCAGUGAGCAUCUCUAACUAUAUAUCCUCCAAGCCACAACCAUUUAUAGGCCAGCAUGUCAUUAGAAUUGUUAGGAAAAUAUACAUUAUAACAGAAUUUGUCAAAGUUUUAUCAAAGUUAAGGCAGAAUCCAAACUUAUAACUAAUCUGUGAUGCCAGCGAGAGACAAAGUCGUCUCUGUCGGAGUCUGGUUGUGACUUACCGUGACCAUAACUGUUAAUUUACACAAGUUAACUGUGACUUCUCGCAGUGAUGAACUGAUAUGUUACCUCAGGGAUCCCCCCUCUUGUGGCAAUACAUUUGUGAGCAUGCCACAAGUGACUUGUCAUUUAACUUUUUUUUUUUUUAACUUCAGAAAAAUCAUCACCACUUUCUCAGUGAUGAUGGAGCUCUCCUGGAUAACAAUUAACAGAGAAUCAACUCUUAAACAACCAUUAAAAUCACCUCUGUAUUACUGUG